GGAGUGCUUUUGUUCUGUAAAGCCUAUUGAACGUUGGUGGGAAGAGCUGAAUACCUGUCCCAUAAAGCCUAUGGAAGGACGUUGGGGACAGCUAAGUUCCGUUCCUGAAUGCUUGACGUUUCAUCUCAAUACUUUUGAAUGGAAUUAUUACAAUGGAAGACGGGAAGAGAAGAAACUGGUGGCUUAUAUCCUAAGAACCGCCAAACGGUUAAAAAUUGCAGAGAUCUCUGCAUGGGAUUUGGAUCCAGAAGAGGAAUCUCAGAUACUCAAGGAGGUGGCUUCUUUGCAUAGGGCUUCAAAGUCAUGUAAGCUUUUGUUGGGUUCUUAAAAUACGAGAUGGUACUAGUAGUCUGUCCCAAUAAAACCUAGUAGCGUCUGAAAGAUAGAUGUGUUGGAAAGGGGAAAGCCUAUCAAAUUUUAUGUUUUGCUCUUUCAUAUCGCUUCCAUUUUUUGUUCUUAGAAGCAUCAUGCAACAACAUAAUGUUGAUAAAUAUAACAGCUUCUCAAGAAUAUGGAAAGCUGUUAUAGUAUUUGUAUAUAGUACUUACUUUUUUGAUGUUUAUCAACAUGUAACAACUUCUUGGACGUUUCAUUGUGAUCGUUGUAUUAUAUAGAAGGUUUAUCGACCAACCAUUUUCAUUUGUUGCCUGCCUCCAGUGACAAGUUCCAUUGUCCAAAGUGUCUUCUCUAUUGGGCCGUUAGACGUUGAGCCCAAACCCAUUAUCUCAAAAUUUCUUCUCCUCCAGUCUCAAACAACCUUUCACUGUUUCCUUUCCCCCUUUUCAUCUUUAUCCAGAGUUCGAAUCGAAUAACACGCAAGAGACCCUAAUCAGUCUCCAAUCACAAUUUCUAGGGUUAAUUUGGAAUCUCCUUACUCUUGUACAAUGCCAGAUUGAACCAAAUCGAAACCAACCCCCAAAGUUUCGAUUUUUAAUAAACCCAAUAGCCUCCGCUCGCUAAAAAGAUCGAAACUUUACCAUCGCAUUAUCAAAGAUGGGCAUCCAAGAAGACCCCGGCGCUCACUCGUCAACCCGAAGGAACCCAUCAUCGCUUCCACAGACUCUCAAACAUUUCCACCGAGACCUACUCGCCGGAGCCGUCAUGGGAGGCGUCGUCCACACCAUCGUGGCCCCAAUCGAGAGAGCCAAGCUCCUCCUCCAGACCCAGGAGAGCAACAUCGCCAUCGUCGGAGACUCCUCCGGGAAGAGACGCUUCAAAGGAAUGUUCGAUUUCAUCCACCGCACGGUCCGUGAAGAAGGAGUUUUAUCCCUGUGGAGAGGCAACGGGAGCAGCGUGCUUCGCUACUACCCUUCCGUGGCUCUCAACUUCUCCCUCAAGGACCUCUACAGAAACAUCCUCCGCAACAGCAGCUCUCAGGAGAGUCACGUCUUCUCCGGGGCCUUAGCUAACUUCAUCGCCGGCUCCGCGGCGGGAUGCACGGCUUUGAUUGUGGUUUACCCUCUUGAUAUAGCUCACACGCGUUUGGCUGCCGACGUUGGGAAGAAGGAGGCUCGUCAGUUCAGAGGGAUUCAUCAUUUCUUGACGACGGUUCAGAGGAAAGACGGUGUUAGAGGGAUCUACAGAGGGUUGCCUGCGUCUCUGCACGGUGUGAUUGUUCACCGUGGGUUGUACUUUGGUGGGUUUGAUACGGUUAAGGAGGUUUUGUCUGAAGAUAAGGAGUUGGCGUUGUGGAAGAGAUGGGUUUUGGCUCAGGGUGUGACUACUUCUGCUGGUUUGGCUUCUUACCCGUUGGAUACGGUUCGGAGGAGGAUCAUGAUGCAGUCUGGGAUUGAGCAUCCGAUGUAUAGUAGCACGUUGGAUUGCUGGAAGAAGAUAUAUAGGGUUGAAGGGUUGGCUUCUUUUUACCGUGGUGCGCUUUCGAAUAUGUUUAGGAGUACUGGUUCUGCUGCGAUCUUGGUUUUUUAUGAUGAGGUGAAGAAGUUCUUGAAUUGGGGAGGGAUCUAAAAGAGGAUAACAACGGUUCAAAGAGAUAAUGAUGGACUCUAGUUCUUUAGAUACAAGAAUGUAGUCAGUUUGAGCCUGUCCAAGAUAGAGUGUGAAAGUUUCGCUUUGUGACAUAGAUUGGAUUGAUUCUCUGUUUGCUGCAAGCUCUCUGCUAUUCUUGCCAGUGAGGAAGUAUCAAGACAACUCCCAUAUGAGACUCAGGGGAUGCGUUGCAUACGAACCCCCAAACAUGGCUGAUCCGCUGCAGUUACUUAAAACAGGAGUAUUAAUUAUGUGACGCAAAGAGAUAGUGAAAUCUCUUUAUGAAACUGCUUGGAUGUUUUUUAAGAUAGGUGUGUAUAUAUAUAUAUAUAUAUAUAUAUGUAUAUGUAAAGUAGAUGCCUUCAACAAGUGCUGCUCUGAAACAAUCCAGCAUCAUGAUUUGGGAUUCAUCUUCCACUUUAAGUACUUCCUGCAAUCACUAAUGUGAAUAUGCCACAAAGGUUAGAGGUUUUUCUUAUUCUGUAAAUUUCUUAUGAAUAUCUGAAACGGAAUAUCUAUUUAGACACUAAAAUUUGCAAUAUUCAUAAUGAUUUGACAAAUCAGUUUCUUCAGUGCGUCUGUGAUUUCUAGCUCCCUGUGUCUAUUUGUCUGGUUUGGUAGAGAAUAUGACUAGCUUAAGAAGCAGGGUCAGGUUACAGAGCCUGAAAAACUGUGUUGGUCACUGCCUUAUAGAUUGGUGCCUAAAACAGAGACUUAGCCUUUUCUCUUACUGUGUUCAGAGACCAAGGUUUUUGGUUGUCUUACUGACAUUAGUUGAGUUUUUGGUUCAGAUAUUGGAGAAUAUUUGAUAAUAUCCGUUUGAUCUUAUAGGCUAAAAUUGCUUGGUGGAAACAAACCAACAGAUGGGUAAUUUAGAGGAAGGAAGCCUUGCUGCUCUCCACCUCACUCCACUUAGCCAGCCAUGUUUGACCACUUACUAAUGCACCCUUCAAAUUGUGACACCACAGUGAUUCAAGUAAAUAGAUACGAAGAGUAAUUACGGAGCUUGUAAUCAAUCUUAACAUUACUUGUAUAGCGCAAAACACCUUUGUUUGAGUUAAUUAAACUGACAAGCAUUUUUUAUCUGAACAAACAUAUUUUACAACAGCAAAGUAGGAAGUUUCUUUAAAUUUUUGAAAAGUCAAAAGCUGCUUGAUAAAAGCAUUUUCAUUCUUUUUUGCAUACUAUUUUUGUCGUAUCUUAUGAUCUGAAUUGCAUUUACCUAGUCCCCAUGCCUUUCUUGAAUUACAUUGCUUACAAAACAAAGAACCAAAUUUGUAUUUUUAGGUGAACGACUUCAAAUUUGGAUGUUUCUCUCAGUUUCAAACUGUCCAUUAAUUUGAUUGAUUCAGUAGAUAUUUGGAUUUAUCUGAUCAAUCUUGGUUUGCCGCUACGAAACCAACAUUCUAUGCACCCAACAAGUCAACCUGACGUCAGUUGUUUGAAACUUCAACCGGAUGGUUUAAUCCAAGUCUAUUAACUAGGGUUUUUACCUUUUGACGAUUCUUAACUUUUUUUAGAUUUUAACUAAAAAAAAUUAAGAACCAUCUUUUAAAUAAGAGAUAUAAGAAUCAUUUCUUAGCUGAAAAGUGUAAAAAACAAAAAAAACAAAAAAAAAUAUCAAUUCAUAACAAAAGACCGGGAUUAAUUAUGUCCUUAUUUCUUAUCCUACGAAGUUCUUAGCUGUUGUUCACUAUUUUCAGUAAUAGAAUGGAGUCAUUGACCACUGAUGAUGCAAGUAUAGUAAUAAUAAUUCUAUAUGAUUAUAACUUUAUCUUAAAGUGUAAUAAGCCUCUAUGUUCAUAUAACUUAAUAGUCACCGACUAACCGGUUCAACAAAUGAUCUUUCGGUUAGAUUUGGGUUGCCAUUGACGUUUGUUAAAAUUUUAAUUUCUUAAUAUAUUGUAUUGCUGGUAUUAUAAAAAAAAAUCACGGGAAAUCUUCAUCUUUUUAAUCCUCAAUAUAUGAGAACAUAUAUCGUAAGAUACAAGUUAAGUUAUUGUUUCUUACCCGACAAGAAAAUCUUUGGUUGGCCUUAUUUAAAUUAUUUAUAUGGUUUACGAAUUUUAAAUUAAACUGGCUAUAUAUUAUUAGUUUUGUUCGAAUACUUUGGUAUUUUGAAAAUAAAUCUUCAAAUGUAGCAUAUGUCUCAAAUAUAUGUUAUCAAAAAGGUGCAAAUAAGACGGUAAGUAUAAAAUAGUUUUAUACCACAUCCGAUGCGAUUUUGUGGAGUACCUUUUAGUUAUGAUACAAUUUGUUGUAAAUCAUAUUACUUCAAACAAAAUUACAGGUCUUCAUAUUUAUAUAUGUACUCUUUCCAUAUCCAUUCACUAUGUUAAUUAUAUAUCAGUCUGACUGUAUGAUCGUCCUUGUCGCUAGAAUUAACAAGGUAUAAUUCUUAGCAAAAAAAGAAAAAAAAAUUAACAAGGUAUAAUUUAUAUGAAUAACAUUUGUUAUACAAAGUUUAUCAGAAUCCAAUCUGAUAUUCUAUAAAUUUAAUCAUUUUUUUUUUGUUAUUGCAUCCUACCGGAUUCUGAUUUUGAAUAGUAAUGCCACUAAAAUACUAACAGUAAGUAACAUUCGUGCAAGCAGUUAGCUGUGAACCACUAACUGGCGUUCAAUAAGUGAUUCAGAUACACAUAUGGAUGUUUGGUCCUAACUGGCGUUCCGUGUGUCAAAUGUAAAUCAAUUGUUUCUUUACUAAAAGAGAGUAAGUCAUUAAUUGUUUAGCAAUAUCUUUAGGGGACUUCUUACCCAUGGUCCAUGAGUCAUGAGAUAAAUAGAAAAGACAGGAGAACAAAUGGGUGCGGAGAUCUAUAGCAACUUUCCAUCCAAUGAAUCAGAGAACUUUUAUUAUUUGCUGCAACUCAGAAUAUGGGAAAUUUGCUGUUAGUUGGGAAGAAAAUAAACAAGAAAUUGCAAGCAUAUUUAAACAAAAAUAAAUUAAAAAUCAUAACAAUAUUCAAGCCUAACACCUGGAUGACGUUAAAUGGGAUCCAAAGAAACAAACUAGUGGGUGUUCAAUUAUAUCUCUUGUUGAAGCAACUUUCUACCAGUUAUUAUUACCCAUACGCACACAUGGUCUAUUGCAUUCACACACAUUUGGUUUCUUGCAUUUCAAUGCGUAAGUUUUAAAUCAAUAUGAAUUAAAGUAUUGAUCAUAACUUCAGCUUCACCGUUCAAGCUGAAGUUGUGAUUUGGUAUAACAUGUUUAGGGCCUUCUUGAGCAAUGUUUAAUAAGAAAUUUAUAGUGUUUAAUAAGGAAAUUCUAAGGCUUUGAAAAAUUAUGGGAAUGGUUUGAAAAUUUAAAUAAUCAUAUAGUACCAAUAAACAUAAUAUUUAUUAGGGAUUAAAGUAAACAUAUAAACAAGUUUAUCAAAUCAUCAACUUUUAUAUAGAGCGGAACAACAAAAAAAAAAAGAAUAAUAUUUUCCAGAGUUUUCUAUACUAAUCUAAUAAAAAUUAAGAGAUGUCAAUAUUAACUGUGCGUGAUGAUGUAUAAAGGAUUAUAUAGGUAACUUUUUGAGUGGGACAUUAAUCUUGUGCGUUUGUAAAUUUGAAUAGAAAAUAUAAGUGUAUGUAAUAAACUAAUAAUAGUAUGUUAGGUAAGGUGUCUGUGGGAUAUUUGCAUCUAAUCAUAUUAGUUGAUGUUAAUUUAUUAUUUAUGUCAGUAAUCUCUUUUCCUAUUCAACAAGGUAGGAUAUUUUUCUCUUUGUAGAUAAACAUUUUUUGACAAGAAUAAAUGUAUUAUCUUUCUAUAAGUAUCCAUUUAGAUAACAACUUAUAAUAUAUAAGUAAGAUAAGAUGUGUUCAAAAAAAGAGUAAGAUAAACUAAGAAAGUUUAUUUUAAACGGCUGCAUAUUUCAAAACUCAAAUAACUGAUGCUUUUUUACAGAAAAUACAAACUUUCAAACUGCUGCAUAUUUCCAUGAAAGAAUGAAUAUACAUUAUAGAAUUAUUUAUUGUCUUUUGAGGAGCACAACAUGUUUCUAUUUAUUUGUGCUAGACUGCUAGUGAUGUCGCUAUGUAUAUUGCAUUUUUAUGAAAAUAUGUUUUUUGUGCGGAAAGUCUAGCUAAUGCAUAAAAGUGCUCCUUUAAUAAUAUUUUUCAAAUUAUAUGAUUUAGGCUUUUAGGUAAAUAUGUCAAUGUGACAGCUCUACUUAGGUAUAGUGAGCACAUCCGUUUUUGUAGAAAAUUAGCCGAUAUAAAAUGUUGAGUCACUUUGUGAAAUUAUGCACUAACAUAGUAUUGGAUUAAAUGAAAUAAAUGUGAUCACCGCCAAAAAAGAAAGAAUGUGAACACAAUUUUUUUAUCGAUAACCAAAAAAAUGAAAAGAGGAAUAAGAAAGAAUUGGGGAAAGGCAAAGGCGCACGCUUAGACCAAGAGAAAGCGAUCGAGAGGGAUAGAGUUGUGGUCUGAAAAUGCGCAUCAUCAUACAUGCGCGCACUAUUAAACAAAUGAAAACAUCCCACAAAAUUAAUAAGACAACGAAUGGUUCUUGGUUUAAUUUGGAUUUGUCUUUUUCUGGUUCACUUAAUCAAAAAAUCUGUUGAAAUUUCUUUUUCCGAAUAGAGAAAAUUUUCAAUGAAUUAAUUUCUGACUUUAUCCUAGUUUAAUAAAUCAAAAGGAAAUAAGUUGCCUUUAAAGCUAUCUGAAUCUAAACUAGAGAGAAGUGUGAGCGGACCGAACCGAACCGGACCAGAUCAGAUCAGAC